UCCUGCAGUCGGUCUCAGUCUACGUGAGGUUCGCUCGUAAUAUAACAAAAAAUUGUAGACGUAUUACUAUGGAUAUGAAUAAAGUAUAUAUUCGCAAUGUUGAAUUUACUGAUGAAAUAAAUAUUGUAUUUCGGUAUGUUAACCAUGAACUUAACGUGGAUCGAGAUUUUAACUUCUGUCGAAAAAAAGAUGAGCCUGUUUUUAAACUCCUUGUCCGCAUUCGAAACAAUGUCGAAAAAGAGAUUGACAAAUGUUUAAAUAAAACCAGUAAACGGCGCUCAUCUUCUGAAAAAAAGACAAGAGCCCUACCUCAGAUACAAAUUGAAAUGUAUCGGGAUGGAUGUAAUAGCAGCUAUAAUCAGAUGACGCUGGCUGAACUCCUACAAAAUAAUUUUUCUGGUGUAAAACUGCGAGUGAUAGAUCAAAUAUUUUCUAUAGUGUUAAACCAACCGUGGGUAGAUUUCCUGCAACUCCCGAAGUGCAUAUUAGCAGGCUUCCUGAUUUACCCAAAUAAAUUUCAUAUUCAGUUUGCUGUUCGUGAGCAUUGCUACGGUAUGUGGCUCAAAUCAAGACAGCGAGAAGCCAUAACGGCGAAUUGGGAGAAAUGUGGCGAAGGUCUGACUUAUCAAGUAGCACAAAAAGACGUUGGAUACUAUAUAAAGUUUGCUGUUACUCCUCGCAAUAAAGAAGGAAUAAGUGGACCUAUUGCAGAAGAAAUCUCAAAAUGUGUGGUACAGGCCGUGCCAGAUGUAUUUCCUUUUCAGAUUCGACAGCAACACACAGUAAAGUUACUAAGUGAGCCUAGCCAUAUUCGGGUGGUAACCUAUAAUAUAUUGGCUGACUUGUAUGCGGACAGUGAAUACUCUCGUCAAACCCUAUUUCCCUAUUGUUCACCACAAUCACUGCUGAUUGACUAUAGAAAACAGCUAUUAAUAAAAGAACUCAUAGGGUACAAUACUGAUUUAAUUUGUCUUCAAGAAGUAGACCAAAAGAUUUUCGACGUCGAUUUGAAAAAUGUACUGGAAAUGCCACCACACAAUUUUUAUGGAAUGAUGGCACCAAAAGGAAUAUGCACUGAAGGUGUUUCCGUUUUCUUUCGUAGGUCGCGUUUUGAUUUGUUGGGGUCUCAUGUGCUGCAUUUAGGCAAAAGCAUACCUUCUUUGUCUAUCUUCGAACCUCUUUGGAACAAAAUUAAAACCAAUAAGCAAUUAGCUGCACGCAUUUGUAAUCGAUCAACAACACUACAGAUAUGUUUGCUUAAAGUUAAGGAAACAGAUAAGUACGUGCUGGUGGCUAACACACAUUUAUAUUUCCACCCGGACGCAGACCACAUCAGGUUGUUGCAAAUCGGGUUUGCUCUGACUUACAUAGAGCACAUACAUAAGCAGUCUAUGAUGGAACAUAAUAUCACUAACCCACAAAAUAUUGGACUGAUAUUUUGCGGUGACUUUAAUAGUGUUCCUGAAUGCGGAAUCUACAAAUUAAUGACCGAGCAGUUCGUGGAUAAAAAUUUAAAUGAUUGGUGCAGCAAUAUUGAUGAAGCCGUUUUUGAUGUGGAGCUUGCGCAGCCUUUUAAAAUGUUUUCAGCCUGCGGUACACCUAAGUAUACAAACUACACGACUCUCUUUUCUGGAUGUUUGGAUUAUAUAUUUUGCCAACAGGAUUGCUUUGAACUACUACAAUGUGUACCUUUGCCAACGCAAGAACAACUAACCGCUCAUACUGCUAUACCAUCUAUCUGUUUCCCAUCAGAUCACAUUGCUCUUGUAGCCGAUUUGAAGUUUAAGCCGGACUAAAAAAAUUCGUAAUUUUAAUAAAAGUGUAUGUUCAGAA